AUGCGCGGCACACGCGAGCCUACCGUGCCGGUGAGGGACGCGGUGGCCGACGCGCACGGCGACAUGGUGUGCACGCGACGUUUACUGGACCUACCGUUGUUCGCCGCGCUGACAGCGGCCCUCCGUAACGCUUAUGCGAUCACAAAGGGCUCGCACGAGGCGGUCGCGACGAUAUUCGGCCACGCUGAAGACGGCGUGCGCGCCAGCUUGCAGUUCACCAGUCCCGUCACCAACCGCGUCGCUGACGCUCUCGAGACGCCGCUCAAAGCCGUGGACGACGCUGUCUGCGUCGGCUUGGACUACGUCGAGGAGAAAGUGCCCUCCGUGAAGUUGCCGCCCGGUCAGAUCUACGUGAACAUGAGGGACUGCGUAAGGAAUAUUUUCACGUCAGCACUGGAGACCCUCAGGCUUCUGUUCGGCGGGCCGAAAAACCAAAUAGAGAGCUCCCCGGUCGCGAGCGGGAACGCAGAGGAGAAGAGCCGAAGGAUGUCCAGUUGA